UGUCUCAAUUUGAUUUCCUCGUGUACUUUCUCUAGCUAAGCUUUCAACAAUGGCGAUUGAAUCACAGGUCUCGACCCCUCUUGGCCCUCCAGCUUGCGAGAAGGACGCCAAGGCGCUUGAGUUCAUCGAGGAGAUGACAAGGAACACAGACGCCGUCCAGGAGAGGCUUUUGGCUGAGAUAUUGAGUCGGAACGCGGAAACCGAGUACCUCAGGCGGUUCCGGCUCAAGGGGGCGACGGACCGCGACACUUUCAAGGCGAAUGUUCCUGUGGUUACCUACGAGGAUCUUCAGCCUGAGAUCCAACGUAUUGCUAAUGGCGACCGCUCUCCCAUCUUGUCCUCUCACCCCAUUUCUGAGUUCCUCACCAGCUCGGGGACUUCGGCUGGGGAGAGAAAAUUGAUGCCGACGAUUCAUGAAGAGUUGGACCGUCGCCAGAAAUUGUACAGCCUUCUCAUGCCGGUGAUGAACUUAUACGUCCCGGGUUUAGACAAAGGCAAGGGACUCUACUUUUUGUUCGUGAAGGCGGAGACGAAGACUCCCGGCGGCCUCCUGGCACGUCCGGUGCUCACCAGCUACUACAGGAGCGAACACUUCAAGACCAGGCCGUACGACCCCUACAAUGUGUACACCAGCCCAAACGAGGCCAUUCUCUGCGUCGACUCGUUCCAAAGCAUGUACACGCAGAUGUUGUGCGGCCUCAUUAUGCGCGAAGAGGUCCUCCGAGUCGGCGCCGUAUUUGCCUCCGGCCUACUCAGAGCCAUCCGAUUCCUACAACUUAACUGGCAGCAGUUGGCCCACGACAUCUCAACCGGAACUUUAAACCCUAAAAUCACGGAACCUUCUCUCCGGGAAGUAAUUUCCAAACUCGUCAAACCCAACACACAACUCUCCGAGUUCAUCACCAAGGAGUGCUCGGAAGAUAAUUGGGAAGGUAUAAUCACGAGAAUUUGGCCCAACACGAAAUUCCUAGACGUGAUUGUAACGGGUGCGAUGGCUCAGUACAUACCAACGCUUGACUAUUAUAGCGCUGGGCUACCUCUUUCUUGCACCAUGUAUGCCUCUUCCGAGUGCUACUUUGGGCUUAAUCUCAAGCCAAUGUCCACGCCUUCUGAGGUUACCUACACCAUCAUGCCAAACAUGGCUUACUUCGAGUUCUUGCCACACGAGCCGAACGCUCCAGCUCUAUCGCGCGACUCACCUCCGCGGCUUGUGGACCUUGCCGACGUGGAGGUUGGGAAGGAGUACGAGCUCAUCAUCACCACCUACGCCGGUCUGAACCGGUACCGAGUUGGCGACAUCCUCCAGGUCACCGGUUUCUACAACGCGGCUCCGCAAUUUCGGUUCAUAAGAAGAAAGAACGUGCUGUUGAGCAUCGACUCGGACAAGACGGACGAGGCGGAGUUGCAAAAGGCGAUAGAAAAUGCGACGGCGCUCAUAAAGGAAUUCAACACGAGCGUGGUGGAGUACACGAGCUACGCCGACACGAAAUCAAUCCCUGGACACUACGUGAUUUACUGGGAGUUGCUUGUGAAGGAUCCGGCUAACUCACCCACCGACGAUGUCCUGAACCAAUGCUGCUUAGCGAUGGAGGAGUCGCUGAACACGGUGUACAGACAAGGCCGAGUCGCGGACAACUCAAUCGGACCGCUUGAAAUCAGAGUGGUUAAGAACGGCACGUUUGAGGAGCUCAUGGACUACGCAAUCUCGCGGGGCGCGUCGAUCAACCAAUACAAAGUACCCAGGUGCGUGAAUUUCACCCCCAUCAUGGAGCUCCUGGACUCAAGGGUGGUAUCGGUGCAUUUUAGCCCAGCUGCGCCGCAUUGGACCCCUGAACGACGUCGUUGACCGAAUGACGGCAUGGAAUAAGAUCAUCUGUUGGGAUAUAUAAUAGAAGCCAAAUUAAAAAUCCGUGGCUUGUUGAAUUUAUUUGAGGUUUUAAAAGUGUCUUUUGUUUCAGUUGUUAUUUUGAAAUUGUUGGGUGUUUGUCUGUAUAAUAAGUUCAGAUAAUCUUAUGUGGAGAUGAUGUAAUUGUCACGGAUGUGUUUGUUAAUUAGUCAAUGUAUGAUGUAUCGUAUCCUUUUCCGCUUGUCUUUAUUUCUUUCAGCUUUCUUAUAAUUAAUCGAGG